AAAUUUGUACAUCCAUCGUACGUACGUGUUAAGACGUCCUAUGUUGGUACAACACCGUUCGUUCAGUAUACGCCAUAUCUUCGGUUUGUGUUACUAUUCGCGUUUACAGUUUACACUGUUGGUAGCGGCGGCUAAUUUUUUCGUAGUUGGUAGAACUCGACACUCGUCCCGUUACGUGUUUUACAGGUUCCAUUUGUUUAAUGCUUUGUUUUGUUGUAGUGUAGUUAUUUUAUGGAUUACACUUUUACAGGCGUUGUAUGAAGUAUUUUCGCGGUUUAUUUUGUACGUAACCUCAAAUUUGUUGGCGGUAAUUUUCAGGAUUACAACACUUGUACAGGCGCUGUAUGAAGUAUUUUUGCGGUGUAUUUUGUACGUAACCUCAAAUUUGUUGGCGGUAAGUGCAUAAGUACGAUUUCUUUUUAUAAUGGCUUCUAAAAGAAAGAGAAAUUCUGUUUGUGCAUCUCGGAGCCAGUAUCGAAUUGCGAGAACACGAACCGAUCUGGCCGACGAAAUGAUUUCUUAUGAUGUCCCGCAAGUGGCUGAUAAUAUACCCAAUUCCGAUCUUGAUGUACCCAAUUCGUUAGCUAUUAUUGAUGAUAUUAGCAAUGUAGAACCCUUACAUUCUGUAGUUGAUGACAGUAUUGACGUGGAAGUGCAUAGUGAUGAAUUUUCGUUAUUUAGUUCCGAUACUGAAUCUAAUAAUAACGUUCGUGAUUCGUCUCCAGAGUCAUCCACGUUUAAUUUCCCUACCACUACUAAUGAUCAUGCCAGUGAAAAUUUUCAGUCUCAUUUAGCUUGCUGGGCCAUUAAAUUUAAUAUACCUCAUGUCGCAUUAAAUGCAUUACUUCUAUUGCUAAAAAUGUUUUUUGAUGCUACACUCCCAAGCAAUGCACGAACAUUACUUGACACACCUCGACAGUUGCAUAUCAAAACAAUUGAACCAGGUCAGUACUUCCACAUUGGAAUUAUUAAAGCAGUUACAAAAUUGUUGGCUAAGAAUAAUUUAGCCCAUUUAACACCUGCCAGUGGAAUUAAGAUAUGUGUUAAUAUCGAUGGUCUGCCUAUUGAAAAAAGUAGCAGCAAUCAGCUCUGGCUAAUUUUGUGUAAUUUACAAGGUAAUGUUAACAAUGUCGAAUUAAUUGGUGUUUAUCAAGGUUUUGACAAACCUAAAGAACCAAAUAUAUUUUUAAAUGAUUUUGUUCAAGAAGCAAUUUUCUUAACAAACAACGGCUUUACUUUUAAUGGUAAAAUAUUUCCAUUUGAAAUAGCAGCAUUUGUUUGUGACGCUCCAGCAAAGGCGUUUAUAAAAAAGACGAAAGGUCACGCUGGUUACAGUUCCUGUACAAAAUGUUACACAGUAGGUAAUUUUGUAGAAAAUCGUGUGUGUUUUCCCCAAAUAGCAAACCUUAAACAUCGAACAAACCAAGAAUUCCGAAACAAGGUAGAUGAAGAUCAUCACACUGGAACUACAAUACUAGAAUCUAUUCCUGGUCUUAAUAUGAUAGCUGCUUUUCCAUUGGAUUAUAUGCACCUCAUUUGUUUAGGUGUGAUGAGAAAGCUUUUGUUAAUGUGGGUUACUGGAAAACCACCGACAAAAUUGCAGCACAUAAAAGUUCAAAAUAUAUCACAAGCAUUAAUUAAACAAAGACCAUUUUCACCUUGUGAAUUUGCUCGUAAACCGCGAUCUUUAUCUGAAGUAAAUCGAUUUAAAGCAACAGAAUAUCGGCAGUUUUUAUUAUAUACAGGCCCAGUUAUUCUGCGUUCAAUAUUAUCGCUAGAUAUGUACACAAAUUUUUUAAGCCUGCAUAUAGCUACUUUAAUUUUAUCCAACACAAAGCUGUUAUCGCACUUCGGAGAUUAUAGUGAUUCAUUACUUAAAUAUUUUGUAAAAACAUUUAUACUUAUCUAUGGCGAACAAAAUGUAUCACACAAUAUACAUAAUUUACUUCACAUUUUUGCAGAUAGCAAACAAUUUGGAGUUUUGCAAAACUUUUGCAGUUUUCCCUUAGAAAAUUAUCUCCAGUCAUUCAAAAGGAUUAUUAGAAAAGGUGACAAACCCUUAUCCCAAAUUAUUAAAAGAAAGUUUGAGCAAGACUCUUGUGUAAUUGUAGAAAAUUCUUUCUGCUGUGGCUAUCCUAUACCCAGUAUGGAACACAAUAAUGGACCUUUAAUUGGUAACGGCGUAUUGACACAAUAUAAGCAAAUUCAAUUUCAAAAUUACACCUUGAAGCUUUCAAUGGGUGAUAAUUGUUGCUGUCUGAAUGAUGGUAACGUUAUAUGUAUUAAAAACUUUGUUUCAAAGGAUGACGAGUUAUUUAUUAUCGGGUUCAAGUACAUGGAAAGAAGUGAUGUGUAUCUAAAACCUUGCAAAUCUUCAUCCUUGGGAAUAUAUUUUGUAAGUGGGGAAGGAUCCCUUAAUAUAUGGAAUAUUAAGAACAUUUCGAAUAAACUUGUUAAGGUUAUUGUAAAUGAUAAAAUUGCUGUGUUUCCAUUUUUACAUUAGUUUUUUAUAAGUUUGAAUCUUUUGUUGAAAAAUUUUUUUUUAGUUAUUGUUUUAUUAGCUGUGAGCAUUGUUUUUGUUUUUGUCGCUUAUAAGUACACUUUGUUAUUUGUGGAAAAAUACUUGUUUUGGCAUUUAUUUACAGUAAUUCAUCAUAGAGAUCAUGUCUGCAAAAGUAACAUGGUCCGUAAUAAAAUUUCCCGAGGACAAUGAUGCGGUUGAGGCAGUACCAUCUAGAUGGUUAGUGGGUAAUAAAUGUAAAUGGCCUCCAUACCCACCAAACAGCAAAAAGUUAAUAGAGGCCAUUGAGAAAAGUGAAAUGCCUAGUGAAACAUGGCAAGAAUUUACCAUUAUACCUUUUCGUAACAAUAUUUAUGAUGAUUAUGAAGCUGUAUCACUCCCAGAUCCACCACCUGAGCCAGCAUUCAUCCAGAAAUUGAUUAACAAUGUAGAAGAUUCGUCUUCACUUCAAGGUGCAAUUGAUUCUGAUUCGUAUCAAGAUAUAAAUCCUAACGGAUCUUCCUCAAAAUUUAUGGCUCCAUCUCCAAUUUGUAGAAAAACUCAAAAAGUGCGCAAUGAUCAACAACCUACUUAUAUCGAAGUACAACAGCCUAUGCUUGACAAAAAUUGUGACAAAACCGUUGUCCAUACACUAGAAACACCAAAUCAAAAAGAAAUUGGAGUUAAAGAUGUUUAUAACCUAUUGUUAAGGCUCACAAGAAAGCAAGAGUUAUUACAGCUGGUAGUAACGGACAUAAAGGAAAGUUUAAUUAAAAUGGAGACUGUAUUAUUGAGAAACCAUCAGGUUGACGUAGAAACAGGAGAUGCGGAAUCCAUUUCCCUUAAAUUUAACCUACCCAUUGAUGGUGUCGAGAAGCUAAAAGAAUUUGAAGCUUACUUCAUUGAAAAUGAGAAAGCAUUUUAAAAAGCAGUUCAUGAAGUAUCUCAAUUAGGAGGGAAGCAUUUGUAUGACUUUAUUUAUAGAGCUGGGAGAACAUUAAUUACAAAUAGCUUCGCAUCAAGUUCAGCUACUUGGGAA